AUGGCUUCUUCGAGGGUGGCCGUGCUGUUGUUCUUGGUUUGCACUCUCGGUGUCGCUAGGAAGAUGGAAGCGGCAAGGAUGAUGCACAAAGGUGAGGUUGUGCUGGGUAAUGGAGGAGGCGGUGGCGGUGGCGGUAAUGCGCUGCAGCACGGGCUCGUCGACGGCCACCGGCCAAGGCAUGUUGCGUCGUUCACGACGGGGGACGACGUCGUCGAGGCGCCGUCGAGCCAGGCCGCUGGCGGAGACGGCGCGAAGAGGGAGGUGCCAGGCGGGCCUGACCCGAUACACCACCAUGGCAGCGUGCCGCCAACUUCGGUCGCUCCAUAG